AAAAAAUACGUAAAAUUUUGUAAAAUACUGACAAAUUCAAAAAACCGUGAACCCGGCUUAAUAUUUAUGCUCUUUUCAUAUUGAGAUACUUUCCCACCCCUGCGCUAACAUAACCCUACAAAGUUGUCAACACUGACUGCCUUCCAAUGAGAAUUGACCACAUAGUUCACAUAUAUUUAUAAACACAUACUCGCGUCUUUCUCUUUAAUAUACACAAAAUAUAGUUGUAUUCAUUGAUAACAUUUCACUAAUACAUGAUAAUAAAUUUAUUAUCGGCAUUUCCAGUUUACAGCUGACGUUCUGUUUGUUUGUAUUGUAUAUAGAUUUUAUAUACAAAAUUUGAAUGCGGAUGUCACGAUUGUCAGCGUGUGAUGAUGCCACUUUGAGGUUACGUUUCGUAAUAAUGUUAUUGAAUCAUUUCUAUAAUAAAGUUUAUUUAUUUAAUACUAAAACUUCAAGACUUAUGACAGUGACAAUAGUGCAAAAUGAUGUUCCUGUCCUAUAUAAAAGAAUGUCAUUUAAAUUGUCUCAAAUAUUUCAUUGUAAAUAAUAAAAUUAAUCGUCAUCGUACAAAACAAAAGUUCGAUAUGGUUCCAAAUAAAAUACUUGUUCUUUUCGUUUUUUUCUCCGGUAUUGUUGCAGCAUUUAUUGGAACACUUUUGCAUCGUUAUUUUUGCGAAAUAUACGAUUUUACAGGCGGUGUAAAUAAGGUAUUUUCCCCAUUACCAUCAGAGAAUUAUCUCAAUACCUAUGACGAGACAGUAAUUGAAAUAAAAAGUCCAUCGGAUCUUAAAGAAAAAUGGGAUACUCACAACAGUAUUGCGUCCGUAUCGGAAGCUCUUACAUCAUUGCAUUUAGCCCUUGAAAUGAAGCACACGGGCAAAAAGAAAAAAGCAGUAAAAUUAUUUCAACAUGCAGUAGCACUUGCUCCGGAACAUCCGGAUAUUUUGAAUCGUUAUGGGGAAUUUUUGGAGUAUACACAAAAUGAUAUUGUCAAAGCGAAUGAAUAUUAUGUUCGUGCUUUAACCUAUCAGCCAAAUCACGAAAGUGCCUUAUUAAAUCGCGAAAGAACAGCGAGAGUUGUCGAGGAACUCGAUCGUAUUAUGUUAAGAAGAAUUGAUGAGAAAAGAAAUUCAUUAUCGGCAAUUCCCGAUAAUGAUGCGGCACUGAUUAGAGCAAAAAAAGAGGCUUACUUUCAACAUAUAUAUCACACGGUGGGAAUUGAGGGAAAUACUAUGAAUUUGGCUCAAACGAGGGCUAUUGUUGAAACUAGAACUGCAGUAGCUGGCAAAAGUAUUGAUGAACACAAUGAAAUUCUUGGUCUUGACGCUGCCAUGAAAUAUAUUAAUGCCACGCUUGUCAAUAGGGUGGGAUCAAUAUCGAUAAAAGAUAUUUUGGAAAUUCAUAGAAGAGUUCUGGGUCAUGUAGACCCAAUUGAAGGAGGCCAAUUUAGAAGAACUCAAGUCUAUGUUGGUGGACAUAUUCCGCCUAGACCAGGGGAUAUUCAUUAUUUAAUGGAAGAAUUCGCAUCCUGGUUAAAUAGCGAGCGUGCCAUUAGAUUACAUCCCGUAAGGUACGCAGCAUUGGCACACUACAAAUUAGUUCAUAUUCAUCCGUUCUCGGAUGGUAACGGAAGAACCUCUCGUCUUCUAAUGAAUAUGAUUUUAAUGCAAGCCGGCUAUCCACCAGUGAUAAUACACAAGCGUCAUAGACAUGAAUAUUAUGAAAAUUUACAAGUAGCGAAUGGUGGUGAUGUGAGGCCAUUUGUAAGAUUUAUAGCCGAGUGUACUGAACAAACACUUGAUUUAUUCCUCUGGGCAACUAGUGAAUUUUCCAAACAAGUUCCAGCUUUAAGUCAGGACAGUGUAUCAAUAGAUAAACAAAAUACAAUUAUUCUUGAUGGUGAUGACAAAAGUGAUGACUUUGAUAACGAUUGAAAUAUGUGCAUUUUAGGACAUUAAUAAUUUUAAAUGAAACUUUAAAAAAUACGUUCUCAUGUGAUAAGAACGUAAAAUUACUGAUAGUUAGGUUUUAAAAAAAGUGAAAACAGAUUGUUUCACGGAAUACCAAAGCAUUUAAGGUACGGUACUUAUUUCACCAAAUUAUAAUUGAGCAUUAGAAUUUUAUAGUUCCUCAGUUCUUUUACUUUAUUAAAACAAACCAAUGAAAGUUCAAUGAUUUAUAAUAUUUAAUGUAGUAUAUUAGAAAUAAUUUACGAAGAAUUUUUAAAUAUUCAAAAAAUGUUUGUAUAUAGCUUAUGAUAAUUUCUAUAAAAUUAGUGUUAAAAAUUGCACAAAAUUUUGUAGGUCAUAAAGCACAAGAAAUUCUUUGAGAAUGUGUCAUAAGCACUUAUUAUCAUAUACUUAACAAUUAUUUAUGUUGAGAUAUUUGUAAGUAGAAAAUUAUUGACUUGACUAUAGGUCAUUUUUUAAGUUAAAACCAAUUUUGUAUAAAAUUGGUAGAAAAUUAAGUGUUGUAUUUUAAAUAAAAUUUAGAUAUUUCUAAAAUGACUCAAAAAUCUCUGUCGAGAUUUUAAGCAAUGUUCAUAUUUAAAUGUAAAUUUGUGACAUGAAUUCACUGCUUAAGACAAUUAAAAUUUUACAUUGACUUAUAUUUAAGUGCAUGUUAAAUUAAAGUCAUAUUAAUUAAAAUUCUAAUUACAACUUUAACAUUUGAAACAGUUCAAAGUUUCAAUAAAAUUAGCAAUAUUUCGUGAAAAAGUUAAAAAAUAAAUUUGUUUCUAUUAAUAAGAAAAUCAAGAUAAAAUUAAUUACUAAAAAUUAGUUAAAAAAAUGUAUUACAUAGAAACUAUUAAUGUCUUAAGCAAUGAUAUCGCAUGAAUUUUAUACUUUUAAUUUCAAGAACACUUCCGAUCCUCAAAUAUUAUUUCAGGUAUACAUACUCUUUAGCGUUAUUAAUUAAUUUUCAGUUAUAUCAAACUUAUUUGAUAAUUUAAAAUAUCUCUUACCUUUACGGUAUGUAGUAAAGAGUUCAUAACCCUGCCCCUUCAACUAAAGACUGUGAUUAUAAAAGUUAGUUAGUUACUUGAAUUUAGAUAAAAAUGUUUUUAGCAGGUAGAACAAGCACAAAGUUUUUACUCUGUUAAUGUAAUAAUUAAUUUGUAUCUGUAAUAAUUGCUGUAGUAGACAAACAAAAACUUGCUGGACGAGUUUUCCUCUUUUUAAUUAUAUAUGUUGUAUUUAUUUCAUUAGAAAAUAAUAAAUAAAAUAUAAAUGACUAUUAAAAUGA